CAUCAGAUGCUCUCAAUUCUUCAAUUUUGAUCCUUUUAGUGUUCAUGUCAAUGGAGACACCUAAGAAGGGGACUUUGAAUGGCUUCUCUCCCAUAUCUUCCACUCCUGUUUUCUGGAAGUCUCGCAAGAGAUCAGCUAGCAUCCGGAAUGUGGACAAAGCAACAGAUGAUACAACUGAUAAGACAUCUGAGAAAGGGGAAGAAUUUCCCAUCGAAGAGAAGAAUCAGGAUUCAGCAAUAGCAGGUGAAAAACAGGAAGAAUCUCCCAUUGAAGGGGAGAAGCUGGAUUCAUCAGCAGCUGCCGCUCUUUCCGAGCGACGAAAGGCUCUAUUUGAACCAUUGGAACCCAAUAUAAAUGGUAAACGACCAUCGGCUGAGAGCUUACUCCCACCACCGGACUUCGACUCUGCAAGCUACCCGCGAGGCUGGCUAAUUGGGAAAAAGCGAAAGCUUGUAAACGUGGAUGUUGUUGAGAGCAUGCGAAGGAUUGCCAUACAGGAAAUGAAUAGAAAGGACCGGGAGAUUGAUGGUCUAAAUGAGCAGUUAGAAGGGGAUGCACGGGUCCUAGAACACCUGCAAAUCCAGCUCCUGGAAGAACGAAGCAAACGUUCCGAUGUGGAGAGAGAAAAUGCAAUGCUGCAAAACCAAAUAAACAUGCUGAUGGACAUGUUACAGGAGAA